ACCCACAAUUCCCCGUCUGGCCGUCUAUAACAAAAAUGUGUGCAGACUGCACACCUAUAGUUGUGUACACCGCACAAUCGAUCUUUCAAUUUCUCCUUAAAUCCCCGGACACUCCCCAAUAGUCGCAUGCCCUUUACCAGAAACCAAUCGAGGAUUCCGAAGUUAUUAUCUUUCUGUGCCGUUACAAGCUCCGACUCUUUGGGUUAUGGUGGCUGGGACACUCCCCAACUCUUCAGUGACUCAGGUGAGUCGAACCACCUUCACAGUCUUCUGAACUCACUGGGAAUUAAUGAUAAAAAACAUGUCUCUGUAUUCGUGUUGGGGUUUGUUUGUGCGUUAGCCGUUUCUAGAGUCAUAGUUUCAUCAUUUAUUGCAUUCUCUGCUUGUAUGAUGGUAUUUGUUCUUGGGUUCACAAUUGGGCUUGUCAAUGGAGGUAAGAUGAGCUCAAACAAGACCAAAAAUAUGGCAAAAAAAUGAUUUUAAUGGAGUUCCUGUUGAUAAAUUGAGUUCUUUGGUAGAUGUAAUCAAAGAGUUUGAUGCUAAGAUUGUGAAUUUGAAGAAUGAUGUUAAGAAGAGUAUUGAAAGUAAUUACAUUACAGUGGGUGACCUAGAAUGUUUCAUCAACAACUUAGAGUCUGUUAAUUCAUUAACUGUUAAUGCUAGAGGUAUCCUUGAUGAUUGUAUAAUAAUUAGAAACCAGGAAGUGGAAAGAAGCUCAAAUCAAAAGCAGAGUAGGCAAAAGAAGGAUCCAAGAGAUAAUCAGUUUGGUAUCCCUGGGUUUUUCAGGCCUGUUUCCAGAAAAACCAGAUUUGAAGUAUAAUAAAGUGAAAGUUCCAAAGUUGAUGAGCUAAUGGAUGGGAAUAUAUUCCGCUCUUCUGCUUAUGAUAGAAAUAAAAACAAUAUAUCGAAUAAGGAAGCAAGUACUUGAUCAAACUCAGAUGCUGAUGGCAAUGCAAAUCCGCCCGAAAUGGAUUAUACGGCUUUUGGAAGUCAACAAUAUGGUUAUUGGAUUAAAAGUUCCCAUUACAUUAGGAACCAGAGAAUCUCUCUUAACAAUGUUUAUACUAGAGAAGAUGGGAUUUGGACAUCAGAUGAGUUCUUAAGCAACUCUGUGGAGUUUUCUGAAACUGUUUCUUCUUUUCGGUAAGAGGAAGAGGUCAAAGAGUUAAAAGGAAAUUAUAGCGUGCUUAAUGGGCCAAAGAUGGGUGAAGAAGACCAUGGCAAGGGUGAUAUUAACUUCAAUAGUUCAAUAAGUACAUUUCUGAAGCUAAUGCUCUUCUGGAAGAAGCUAAAGGUUGUUCAAAAGGGUGAUGCUAAGAUUGCAGAUGGUGCACUCCAAAAGUCUGCACUUGUGCUUUCAAAAGCUACACGCAUUAGACCUGUGAGUUCAUUGGCUGUGGGCCUUUUGGGAAACACAUACCUUGUCCAUGGAGAGCUAAAACUGAGGAUCAGCCGUGAUUUGAGGAUGCUACUACUCACUAGAGCAAAUGCACAAUGUAAUAAAUAUGGGAGGAAAGAGGAAAUUGCAUCUUAUCUGGGUAAUGUGUGUGAAGAGUGUGAAGAAUUGCUGAUUAAGGCAGGAAGGCAGUAUAAGCUGGCUCUGUUGAUUGAUGGGAACGAUAUGAGAGCGAUGUAUAAGUGGGGUCUUGCUCUCUCUUUCCGAGCGCAAUUGAUUUUAGACAUUGGACCUUUAAGCACUCUCCAGCAUAACAAUUAAUGGCUGUUUCGUAAAUCUGCAUACACCACGACUUCAUUAUUCUAGCAACAUCGUUUGCGAACAUUGUUCUCCUUCAUCCUUUUUUCUAAGCAAUUCAUACUAUCCGAACAGAGUACCUGGUUGACACACAUAUAUGAUGUACAUGUUCAAAUUUUAAAGUGCAGCACGUAGUGCCGACAAGGUGUUCUUGGCUGCCAUUAGAGAUGGCAAUUUCAGACGACCCGUUGGAUACCCGCACCGGACCAAUUUGGUCAAAUUGGAGAAAAUCGGUUUGACUGGGGAAUGGGUAUGGGGCGGGGAAUAUCCGAAACUUUUAAAUGGAUAAUGGUGCGGUUAUGGUUCUAUACUAAUUUGCCCCGUUAUCCGCCCCAAAACCGCUCCGUUCAUUAAUGGUGCAGCACUGUUUAGAUGGGGUGCGGCCUUACAACAAUGAUCUUGCCUACGGCCCAAAAGAAGUAGAGAGAAGGUUAGAAGACUAUAUGAAGAUGCACUUGGUAUGGACUCUGGGAAUGUCCAAGUUCGGAAGGCCUUAUCAUCCUGCAUAUCUGAGCUCAACUGGUUCAAUUAAUAGUCGUUGUCUUUAUCUAACCUGGGAGUAAAAGGGGAAUACCUCUGAUCAUAUCUCAACAGCAGUUACAGGCACUUUCAGCAAGCAGUGGCCGCUAGUGGUUGCUGGAGACAGUGGUGGGGCCGGGGUCAGGUGAGGGCAUGGGUGGCCAGUCAGGUAGGAAUUAAAAGUAGAAGAAAGGUAUAUGAAUGAAUUAAAAGUUAGUGACAUUUGUUCGAAAAAAAAGCUAGCGAUAUAUUUUUCUUUCAAAAGUGUAGAAAUAAUAGUUUUUCCGGUUUUUCAUAUUUUAACCAUUGCAAUAAUGUGUUAGAGACUCAACAAAAGCAUCAGAAAUCAGCAAUAUAUUACUACUAGAUAAGAAUCCUGCUAGAAAACAGAACUCUGGAAGCUACAAUAAUGGCAGAAAAUAUAAAAAGGUACUAGAGGACAAAUUUGACAGUGCCUCGCUCUCCCAGCCUAAUCACAGAAUCUGCCUGCCUUCUCACUCCCCUCUCCCUUUCUAUUAAUAAGCCCCUUAAACUAUUGGCCCACUAGGUUAGUCGGUUACAACCUCUGCCCCAUCCCUUCUUUUGUACACUUUAUCAAAAUAUUUUAUAUUAAUGGGCUUAUUAUUUCCAUUGCUUCCGGUCCCCUUAUCCAUGUCUCUAUCAUUACUCCCCUCCUCGACUUCCACCUUGUCCUCAAGGUGUGGACUGCUGGAAACUGCUGCUUAAACUUUUGCAUGGGUUCCCACGAGUCUUCAAAAUUGGGUAAAUGUUUCCAAUGCACCUACAACUCAGUUUCCCCUGUAGGACUCACCCUGGUGGCCAGAACUUUCUCCGGAAAUUCCCACUCUUGAGAUAGACAUUUGGGUAGUGGCUGGAAAGGUGUGCAAGUGUGUUAGAAGUCACUGAUUUCUUCAGCAGUGAGAUAUGAAAGACGGGUGAACUGCAUAAUCUUCAGGCAAUCUUCAGUUACCUCAGAUGGUCCAUAGAAUCUUGGACAUAGCUUCUGAUCCAUCCUCUUUGCUAGGCUCCUGAGUUUAUAUGGUUGGAUCUUCAAAUACACUUUAUCGCCCACCUCCACUUUUAGCCCCCUUCAGUGUCUAUCGGCUUGUUGUUUCAUCCUAUUCUGAGUGAUGGCCAGAUUAGAUUUCAGUUCGUCCAACAUCAGAUUUCUCUCCUCCAUUAACUUGGCCACUUCCUCCACUCUUGUUAGAGUAAGGAGAAGCAAAUGAGAUAGAAUUGUGCUAUAGGUAUCCCAUUUCGGGAUGCCCAUUUUUAUUCACACUAUUUGUGGUCCAAAUAAGGCCACAUUUAAAAGUGUUGUCCACUUAAAUGUGUUGCCCCAUUUUUGGUCAUACAAUAGGAGAAGGUAAGAAUCGGGUACCCAAAUUGAGGUACCUAUACCAUUUUUGAAUGGGAUAUUGUCUUUCAAAAAGUUUUGUAAGCCGCCAUAAUUGAAACAAAGUUUUGUAAGCACAGACACAAGAUAAAGAAUUUACAAAGUACAAUGCAAAUCUAAGUAAGCACCAAUAGUCAGGGACUCAGUGACAAAUUCAUACAACUCUAAACAAAUCUGCAGUUAACUCAACCAAUAGACAGGACGAACUUGUAGUCAAGAAGUUAAGUUGCUUUCACCCUCUUUAGAGGUUUGCUUGCUCCCCGGUCACCAUCAACAAAACAUACCUUUAAUCACUGUUAGGAUGUUUUCUUUUGGACUGAAAUUUGCUGGUCUGGUAUGGUCUGGUCUGUUUAAGUCUGGUCUGGUCUGGUAAACGUCUGGUCUGGUAAACGUCUGGUCCCUGUGUAUUUAUAACUAAGAAAGUCUGAUCUGGUCUAGUCUGUUUAAGUCUGGUCUUGUCUGGUCUGGUCUGUUUAAGUCUGGUCUGGUUUGGUCUAGGACUAAAAACAGUCCAAAAGAAAACAUCCUUAGCGAGACAUCACAAACAGGGGAUAAAGAAUUUACAAAGUACAAUGCAUGUCUAAUGAUCAUAGAGACUUUUUGAGUUACUAAAACGCAAGUUUUAAUGAAUUCAAGUCAAACUAGAAUACAAGAUCUUAUCUAAAGAAUGUAAGCAUACAAGACGAGUCUUUUAAAGGGAAUUAUCUUUUGACUCACAAUUAAUUCAUAGUUUGAACUCCACUUGUGAUAAUUUUGUUUAAAAAGGUCAUAACAAAAUACCAAUCACUUAUAUCAACAGAAAUACUAAACUACCUCUAACUCAAAGGAGGCUGCACCACCUUCAACCAAAAAGUCGCUAAUCAUAUGAAACAUCUUGUCCAUAAAUUUAUGUCGGUCCUUCCAAGGCUGAAAAACAAAAUAAGUCAGCUAUAUAUCUAUAUAUUAAAAAAUUGCAUAUUAAAAAAAUUAAACAAUAUAUAUUAAUAUUAAUUACCGAUUCACAAUUGCGUCUAAACCGAAACAGAAGUUUGAAAGUCAAUUCAAACUUAUUUUUCGUUACUUUCAUAGACAUAACAGAAUAGUCUACUCUUUCUAUAAACUUCUUGAAUGUAGUUUUAAAUAUAAUUACUAACUUAUCAACCAAGUCAAAUGACCUUGGUUGAUUUAAUGUUAGUGCCCUCACAACAAUGAAAGACUCGUCACGGACCAAUUUCACGUUCUGUAAUACAAAUAUGAAUUUAAAAUUAAAAAUAACAGUAAUAAUACUAAUAAAUACAGCUAGACAUAAUAAAUUUAACAUAAACCUCUUCAUUAAAUUAAAAUUAGGGAUCGAUACUAAUCCGGCAUCAUGUUUUUGAACAAUGGUUGGUGUCAGACUUGUUUGUUGUACCCAGCCUUUAACCUUUCGAAUCUGCAAGAAGAAAAACACAUUUUAAAAUACAUUUAAAUGACGAAAUAGAAAUAAAUAUUUAAGUUAUUGACUUAUCCAUUACGAUUUCAUGAAAAAUAAAUUUGGACUCAUCCAAAACUGACACGAAUCAGAUCAUUAUAUGUAUAGAAGUCAUACAAUUUCAUGCUAAUCCCACUACCAACGGACUUCAGAACAUCCUUUCCCCCGGAUAUAGCCAAAGCUCCUAUAAUAAACAAACAAUACACUAUUCUAAUAAAAUAUAGAUAAAAGUAAUUUAAUAAUACAGACCAUAACUUACCUUAGUCCCAAAAUAUUUUAAUUUCCACACAUUGGAUUUGUGGUCUCUAUUAUUAAAAUACUUUUAUCUAUAUUUUAUUAGAAUAAUGUAUUGUUUGUUUAUCAUAGGGGCUUUGGCUAUAUCUGGGGGAAAUGAUCUUUUGAAGUGUGUUGGUAGUAGGAUUAGCAUGAAGUUGGAUGACUUCUAUACAUAUAAUAAUGAUAUGAUUCGUGUAAGUUUUGGAUGACUCCAAAUUUAUUUUCAUGAAAUCGUAAUGAAUAAGUCAAUAACUUAAAUAUUUAAUUUUGUUUCGUCGUUUAAAUGUAUUUUUCAAUGUGUUUUUCUUCUUCCAGAUUGGAAAGGUUAAAGGCUGGGUACAACAAACAAGUCUGACACGAACCAUUGUUCAAGAACAUGAUGUCAGAUUAGUAUCAAUCCCUAAUUUUAAAUUUAAUGAAGAAGUUUAUGUUAAAUUUAUUAUGUCUAGCUUUGUUUAUUAUUGUUAUUUUUAAAUUCAUAUUCUGUCUUACAGGACGUGGAGUUGGUCGCUGACGAGUCUUUCAUUGUUGUUAGGGCACUAACAUUUAAUCAACCAAAGUCAUUUGACUUGGUUGAUAGGUUAGUAAAUAUUUUUAAAACAACAUUUAAGGAGUUUAUAGAAAGAGUAGACUAUUCUGUUAUGUCUAUGAAAGUAAUGGAAAAUAAGUUUGAAUUGACUUUUAAACUUUUGCCUCAGUUUAGACGCAAUUGGUAAUUAAUAUAUAUUGUUUAGUUAUUUUAACAUGAUUUUUUUUAAUAUAUAGCUGACUUAUUUUGUUUUUCAGCCUCGGAAGGACUGGCAUAAAUUUAUGGACAAGAUGUGUCGUAUGAUUAGCAAUUUUUUGGUUGAAGGUGGUGCGGCCUCCUUCGAGUUAAAGGUGGUUUAGUAUUUCCAUUGAUAUAAUUGAUUGAUAUUUUGUAAUGACCGUUUUAAACUAAAUUACCACAAGUGGAGUUGAAACUAUGAAUUAAUUGUGAGUCAAAAGAUAAUUCCCUUUAAAAGACUCGCCUUGUAUGCUUACAUUCUUUAGAUAAGACCUUAUAUUCUAGUUUGACUUGAAUUCAUUAAAACUUGCAUUUUUGUAACUCAAAAAGUUUCUAUGUUCAUGAGACACGCAUUGUGCUUUGUAAAUUCUUUAUCCUCUGUCUGUGAUGUAGGCUAACAGUGAUUAAAGGUAUGUUUUGUUGAUGGUGAGUGGGGGGCAAGCAAACCUCUAAAGAGGGUGAAAGCAACUUAGCUUCUUGACUACAAGUUUGUCCUGUCUAUUGGUUGUGCUCAUUGCAGAUUUGUUUAGAGUUGUACGAAUUUGUCCCUGAGUCCCUGACUAUUGGUGCUUACUUAAAUUUGCAUUGUACUUUGUAAAUUUUUUAUACUCUGUCUGUGCGUACAAAACUUUGUUUCAAUUAUGGCGGCUCACAAAACUUUUUGGAAGACAUGGGACAACAAUGGUAUAUUUAGGUACCUCAUUCUUACCCCCUCCUAUUGUGUGACAAAACAUGAGACAACACAUUUAAGUGAGCAACACUUUUAAAUGUGGUCUUACUUGGACCACAAAUAGUGUGAAUAAAAAAGGGGUACCCCAAAGGCCCCAAAUGGGAUAGCCUAUAGCACAACACUUUUCAUUUGCUACUCCUUAGUGGCUUUGUCCUUACGGCUUAUAUUUAAGUUUUAAUAAGGGAAAAUGGAAACUAAUAAUCCAAUCUUUUAGCGGUCUUCUUACAAUAGUCUCA